UUCGAACAAUCCUUUGAGUUUUCUAAUAUUAGUUUUUAAGUAUUGACGCGAACGAAACAAAAAAUAAUUAAAAUAGGUCACGCCAUUUUCGAGUUUUUACCAAACACACGCAAGGCAAUUAAUUGAUUGCUAUAUUAUAUGAUAUAGAUAAAGAAUAUCUCAGAUCCUAAAAUUACGACUAAAUAGCUGAUGUAAUAAAAUCAUAAUUUCUGUAUCGCGUCACAAGCGCACACGGCACAGUAAUUCGUCUUUAUUCGUGUGAAGCUAUAGCGAGAUAAUAUAUACCGCGUCGUCGAGUCAAAUCAACAUGAAACGACAAACUAGUUCUACCAGUCGGGCACGAUUACUUAUUACGCGCACUUGUGCUCGCCAUUUUUAUAAAUAACAUUAAGAAGAAGAUCAUGGGUAAAAUACACAAUUUUGGGGCAGGACCGGCCAAACUACCAGAAGAGGUGUACGAUAUUAUAAAGGAUGAAUUAACUAACUUCGAUGAAACUGGAAUCAGCUUAUUGGAGACAAGCCACCGAUCACCGACUUAUUUUAAGUUGAAUAAAGAGGUCCAAGAUGUUGUUAGGAGGUUAUUGGACGUCCCAAGCAACUACAAAAUUCUUUUUUUGUCUGGCGGUGGACAAGGUCAGUUUGCAGGAGUCCCGCUAAACUUGAUCUCCAGAACUGGAACGGCUGAUUACAUAGUUACAGGUGCGUGGUCCGCGAAAGCAGCUAAGGAAGCAAAGAAGUAUGGCAAAGUGAACAUGGUAUUACCGCCUACAGAUCGUUACGUGGAUAUCCCCGAGCAGUCGACCUGGAACCUCGAUCCUAACGCCUCAUACGUUUACAUUUGUACAAAUGAGACGAUUCACGGUGUUGAAUUCGAUACUAUACCAGACACGAAAGGAGUACCUUUGGUAGCUGACAUGUCAUCAAAUUUUAUGUCCAAGAAAGUUGACGUUUCAAAAUUUGGUGUGAUCUAUGGUGGUGCUCAGAAGAACAUCGGCACGGCUGGCGUAGUUCUUGUAAUAGUAAGAGAGGAUCUUUUAAAUCAAGCACUACCAAUUUGCCCUUCAAUUCUUGACUGGACUGUCAAUGCUAAAGCAGACUCCAUUCUCAACACACCGCCUAUGUUUGCGAUUCUAGUAAUGGGACGAGUCUUACAAUGGAUUGAAAAACAAGGAGGUUUAGACAAAAUGGCUGAACUAGCUACAAAGAAGUCGUCCCUAAUUUAUGAUAUUAUUGAAGAUUCGAAUGGGUUUUACUAUGCACCAGUCGCUAAGAAUGUAAGGAGUAAAAUGAACAUCCCAUUUAGAAUUGGCUCACCAACUGGUGACGAUGCACUCGAAAAGGAGUUCUUGAAGGGCGCUGAAGCUUUAAAUCUAAUUCAACUAAAAGGACACAGGGACGUCGGAGGAAUUCGCGCCUCAACGUACAAUGCGGUCACGUUGCAAGAAGUGCAAACUUUAGAGAACUAUAUGAAAGAUUUCUACAAGAAACAUGCAAAUUGAAUUACAAGUUUAAGAAGGUCUAUGUAUUAAUAUUGAUGGUAUUUUCGAAAAUUAUCGAUCAUUUAUAAUGAUUAUUGUAUUUUAGUACAUUAAAGAUGUUUUUUCAUUGUAAGUAAGCGAAGACGGUGCAUUAAUGUGUCAUUCGUAUGUUAUGUUUUUAAUUAACAAAUGUUCUUUAUUAAACAAAGUGUUUGUAAA